AUGGUGACACGUGGUCGCAUGCUGGCAGCUUGCCUGCUGAUUUGGGUCAUCUCCGCCGCCAUCUAUGUCCCCACCACGCAGCACCACAAUCUACUGGUGACCCGGAUGCUGCGGCCAUUGAUCGGGCUGGUCAUCCUGCUCAUCACGGCUGUCUGUUACUGCGCCGUGUUCCGUCAAAUCGCCCGGUACACUCCACCACUUGCAUCCACCGAAGGCGUCCGGGCCGACGACGCUGUGGCCCGUACGCGCCUCCGCCAGACGCGCCGAUUGAUGAUCACCUUCACUAUCAUCUUAGUCACGUGCAUUGGAUGCUGGAUCCCACACUCCAUCUCAAAUUUCAUGGUUUACUUCAGUGGCAAGAGCUUAUCUGUUCAGCCCCAAAGCCUCAAGAUUUUCUUCCACCUUAGUGCCAUCCUACUGGUGUUCAACUCUCUCAUCAACCCGUUCAUUUACUGGUGGCGUAUCCGAGAGUUCCGCGUCGGCAUGUACCGUUUGAUCUGCCUCGGUAGGGGCACUGCCAAUUCUGAGAGUGAUGUGGUCACCCUGCAAACAAUGCAGGAACCAGACAAUUAA